UUUUCCUUCAAGUUCUGGGCUAACUCCGUUUCUUCCCUCCACGGACGCAGUGGAUCUGCAAUUGUGAAAAAGCAAACGCUACCAAAUUGAGCCACGUAAGCAACUAUCACAGGAGGCUACAAAUCACAGAUAAGCCUCAAGAACAACCAGAAUUACUACCGUUACUGUGUGAUGGAUGUUUCCUGAAUGUAUAAACGAAGUCGAAGAUAUGUAUUUUCUGUAGCGUGUAAGAUCAGAUGAAAGGAGGAAAUAAUUAUACCUUUAGGGGGAGGCAUAUUUCCCUAGCUCUGGUUGGUCUUGUUCUUUUUACCACAAUACUGUGGACAUGGGAGAGAAAUCCAAUAGCGACUACUUUAAGAUCAGCUCAAGAAUGGUACCACAUACCUUCAGAAUUUCCUGCGGAAGUGCCAGUUGAUUCAGUUGGAGCUACAAAGCUUGACAAAGGCAUGGAAAAAUCCUUAAUCCCCAUCAGAGAAAAUAAAACAGAACCGAAACUUGAUUUUGAGGGUGCAACAGCUGCAGAUUCUAUACCUGCAGAAUCUCCGGAAAUUCAAUACAAUCAAGAUGUCAGGUCUUCUUCCAGAAGUGAAGUUUGUAAUUAUGCCAAGGGUAGGUGGGUUGCAGACAAUAGAAGACCACUGUAUUCUGGGUUCAACUGUAAGCAAUGGUUAUCCUCAAUGUGGUCAUGUAGAAUGACACAACGACCAGAUUUCUCAUUUGAGGGAUACAGCUGGCGGCCAGAAAAAUGUGAUAUGCCAGAGUUUGAUCGAUCUAUAUUCUUGAGAAAGAUGCAGGACAAAACAAUUGCAUUUAUUGGAGAUUCGUUGGGCCGGCAACAAUUUCAAUCUCUAAUGUGUAUGGCCACUGGCGGAGAACAGAGUCCAGAGGUUCAAAACGUGGGAUGGGAAUAUGGUCUGGUCAAACCCCGUGGAGCUAUUCGUCCUGAUGGCUGGGCUUACAGGUUUCCCAAGACUAAUACCACCAUCUUAUAUUAUUGGUCAGCUAGCUUAUGUGAUCUGGAGCCCCUUAAUGUUACAGACAAACAGACCAACAUUGCCAUGCAUUUAGACCGCCCACCAGCUUUCAUGAGAAGGUUCCUCCAUCGCUUUGAUGUUUUGGUUCUUAAUACCGGACACCACUGGAACCGGGGGAAGCUUAAUGCAAACAGGUGGGUAAUGCAUGUUAAUGGAAAGCUAAAUGAAGACAAAAAGAUUGCACAAAUUGCAAAUGCCAAAAACCUUACAAUCUACAGUGUAGUCAGAUGGCUUGAUUUGCAACUCGUCUCACAUACCCGACUCAAAGCUUUCUUUAGGACUAUCUCACCUAGGCAUUUCUUCAAUGGAGAUUGGAACACUGGUGGAAGCUGUGAUAACACUAUCCCAUUAACCAAUGGAAGUGAGAUCUUACAGCAAGGAUCCAGUGAUCCAAUCAUUGAGGGUGCACUAAAGGGCACAAAGAUUAAGAUACUAGAUAUAACUGCUAUUUCGCAAUUGAGGGAUGAGGCUCAUAUGUCGCGCUACACUAUCAGAGGAACUCUUAAUUCCAGUGACUGUUUGCAUUGGUGCCUACCUGGAAUUCCAGAUACGUGGAAUGAACUCCUUGUUGCUCAGAUAUAGGCUCACUCACAGUUUAGUCAUCUCUCUCCCGCUCCCCUUUUAACCUUUAGGAAGGAAAUACAUAGGCUCACAAAAGCAUUGCUGGGGGAUCAUAAUCUGUCUAUUUUUUGUGGUCUAGGAAGACCAAUUAUUAUUUUCUGUCAAAUGUAUCUCAUUUAUUAUUUUCUUACUGAAUAGGGUUGUAGAGAGAUAAUAAUAUAGUUCCGCUUUGUCUCAUUUUCAGUGCGAGCAUUGAACAGAGUCCAGAAAAAACAUAACUUCACGAACGAGGCAUGAGCUAAAUACCAUAUACAUGUCAGAUUUGUGGUGGUGACUUGGUCAUUAUUGAACAUUUUAAAAUGGUUUUAUUGGGGUCAAGAAGAAAAUAAAUGGUCUACUCAUUUUCAUCAG